AUGAAGUCAUUUUGUCCAAUUUCCUUGAUUUGUAUGCUGUCAUUCACGAUUGUUGGGGCAUAUCGAGAACAAUGCUAUAACCUGGAUACCAAAUAUGAAGGCUCGGACUUCUUUACAGGAUGGGAUUUCUUCACAGGCUCAGACCCCACUCACGGUUAUGUCACAUAUGUCGAUGAGAAAGUUGCAAAAAGUGCUCAACUUAUCACGGCAAAUGAUUAUGGUCCAGCGUAUAUAGGGGUUGACUAUACCACUCCUUUAGAUACGGCCGGUCCGGGACGAAAAAGUGUCCGGAUCGCGAGCCAGAAAUCAUGGACGCAUGGGCUAUUCAUUGCAGACAUUUCUCAUAUGCCCGGUGGAAUCUGUGGUACUUGGCCAGCCUUCUGGUUGCUUGGCCCAAACUGGCCGAAUAACGGGGAAAUUGAUAUCAUCGAAGGCGUCAAUCAACAGAGUGACAACCUAAUGAGUCUCCAUACCUCGGCAAAUUGCACCAUGCCAAAUGAAGGUACCGCACAGCUGGGUACUAUGAAUAGCAAUCAAUGUGAUGGAACCCUAGACAACUACGCCGGCUGCAGCUCAACAGCACAAACCGGAAAGUCCACCUACGGCAAAUCCUUCAACUCGAACGGCGGUGGUGUCUACGCCACUGAAUGGACCCCAGACCAUAUAAAUAAUUGGUUCUUUCCCCGUAAUGCAAUUCCUCUCAACAUUCACCGAGGAGCCCCAGAACCCCGCUUCUGGCCCAAGCCUCAAGCCAUCUUCCAAGGUUCUUCCUCUUGCAAUAUCGAUACGCAUUUCGCGAAUCAAAGUUUAGUAUUCGACACCACUUUUUGCGGAGAUUUUGCCGGGGGCGUUUGGGAAAACGAUGGUGGGAUUUGUAGCCAGGGGGGAACAUUGUCGUGCGAGCAGUUUGUUGCAGGAAAUCCAGGUGCUUUCAAAGAUGCUUACUGGCUAAUCAACUCCGUCAAGGUAUAUCAACUAGGAGAACGGCCCGUGAGUCUACGCACACUCGCCAGUACAAGCACGAUAGCCGCAACACACACCUCUUCGAGCUCAAAACCCCAGAUAACAACCCAAAUAUCGCAAGUCUCGGAUAUUCCCACGACGGAUGAUAUCAGUAAACCAACGGCGAUUUCUCGUUUAAGUAGUCCAAGUACUUCAACAUUCCGGACGAUUCGGAAAUCUCGAUCAACACUUUUGACGAUGCCUCAGAAACUAUUUGAGCUGGAGCUACCCCCAAUACCUCAAUAUGCUCUUUGA